CAUGCAUACAUACGUACUCAAGUGACUCGACAACGCAUUUGGCCUACAUAACUCAUCGAGUCAGACAAAGGCAAUUCGGGCUUUUUCUAGACUAACGAUAAGUCACCAACGAGCAUUAUUAAGAGCGUUUUGGCUUGAAGUUUCGAGAGAGCAGUUUUUGACUGGAAGUCGAAGGGCGAAGCCGUCGAGAUCUUUCUCCAUAGUUUGCGCGCAACGUUUGCAGUGUAAGUGUGACACCCGUGCCAAAUUCAGUAACUGUAUAGACAACCGCAGGGAUUCAUUAAGAAAUUUGUUCGAUUUUCGACGUGUGAUAUACAUAUCCAUACAAUCUGACUAAACAAUAUAGGUGAAUUUGCGGUUUUAUACUCAAGAUUUGAUACCAGGCUUUCUCUAUUGGCUUAGUCACACUGCAAUUCUCGUCACGAUCAUUGUUCUGCAGUUUUUGGAUUACGAUUGCAAAGCAGUCAGUCAUAUUGCUAUAAGCAACAUCUUUUAGAGCUAUUCAAACUUGCACCAUUGACUUAUAUUAUUUGCUUGCAAUAUGAAUCAAGUUGUUACUUCACUAAGUCAUUCGUAUUGUGAAUGGCACAUACAGAAGGAAAUUAUAAACGCAAACGGUAUAAUUGAAUCUCCGAUUUUUUUAUGUUCACGGAAGAAACAGUGGCAAUUUGAUUUGGAUUGGAAUUACCAUUCUUACUCAAAAAAUUUUAUGAGAUUAAAGCUAAAACGUAUUAAUGAAAAUGAUACAGAGGAUAAAGUGGAUAAUAAUAAAAGUUACAUAUGCGUCAUUAGUAAAUUAAACAAUGAGAAAGAGAAACGGUCACUUUUUGAAAAUACGUAUCACGAGUUUUCUAAUAUCUGUCAAGAAAAUCUAGGAGAAUAUUUAUGUAAUGGGCUGUUAAAAAUUCGUUUUUUAAUUGUUACUAAACUAAAAAACAAAAGGGGUACACUCUCCGACUUGCCUUCUUCAACUCUUUACAACAAUUCUUACUUUUCGGAUGUUCAACUUUUUGUUGGUGAUAAAUCAUAUUACGCUCAUAAAGCUAUUUUGGCUAAUUGCAGUCAAGUAUUUGCGACAAUGUUUAAAAUUGAUAUGAAAGAAAAGAAGGACAAUAUAGUAAAAAUUGAUGAUCUUAAUGCUGAGACUGUUGAGUGCAUGUUACAGUUUGUUUAUACUGGUAAAGUAAAUACAUUAGAUGACAAUGUAGUGUUUAGUUUGUUAAUGGCUUCUGACAAGUAUCAAAUGGAGCAUUUAAAAGAUUUUUGUAAAAAUUAUUUGUACGACUCAAUGAAUUUGGACAAUUGUAUUGAAAUUGCUGAGUUUGCAGAUCGAUACAAAAUGGAUUUACUUAAGUUUUGGGCAAAAAAUUUCAUUGCUGUAAAUAUAAAACAAAUAUCAAAAUCCAAAAAAUUUACAGAACUAGCAAAAACUAAUAAUGACUUACUUUUGGAAAUUGUUAGCUAUUCUUUCGAUUACAAUUUGUAAUCAUGAUAAAACAUUUAAUUAAUUCACAAGUUUAAUUUUAUACUUCAUUAUGUGAUUAUUCAUGUAAUUUGCAAUAUUAUGUUUGAUGUUUAAAGUAAUUCAAAAGUGUCAUAUGUAUCAAGCUUAUUCGUUCAGUCCGUUGCCCAUGUGUCACUUAAUAGAAUCAAAGAGUUAAUUAAUCAACAUAUUUUUGCAUAAAAACAUAGAUGUUUCAGCUAUUGAAAAAAAAUGUUAUUAAAGAUAAGAUUUAUAAGAACUAAUUUUGAUAUUCAAAAGUAUAUAUUGAUUGCUUCUCUUUUGUUCAGAAUUGUUAAUGAAUAUUUUUAUGAAAAGAUAAAUA